GUUUACAAUACACUUGACAAUGUAUGAUAUACUUAUUCUUGAUUUAUGCAUUAUUUAUGGCAUGCACAUUUUAUCAAGUAUUAGCUAAAGUAUUUGUGUUAAUUAUUAUUCUUGAAUCAGUUAAUUAUAAUUCUUGGAUCAGUGCAAAUUUAGUGAUUUAAAAAACUAUGAAGUCUGGAACUGGAAGUGAAAUUUUCAGCGCUUUGGACAUGAUGUAGUUGUCUGAGUCAAAUAUUUCAUGAUAGAUCUAUGGAAAUAAAGCAUGUUCUGGUUUAUUCAGGAGGAUGAUUUUUUAUUUUUACGCAGAUUUAACGGAUGCACUUAUUGUAGAAGAACAACAAUUUAAACAAGCAAAAUGUAAACAGACAGAGCGUGAAGUUCAAUGCGAGGACAUUGCUCCAGAAAAAGAAUCAGAAGUAAGCGACUGGCCUCCAGGUCUAUAUUCCAUACCAAUGCCUGUCUCUGGAUGUCCAGAGUCCUCAAACAAAGGAUGGAGAGAAGGAUAUAUAUCAAUCACAUGGACAACAUCCCACAAUGUCUACGUUAUGGGGCACAGUGCCUCUGAUUCGGAAAAUGCCAGUGAAAUAUCAUCAAUUGAAGCCGUUGAAAUAACCGAAGACAUAUGGUCUGAAUUUGGAACAAAUUUGCUUGGAUCGUUCAGAAAAUACUUAUUCCGACUGUAUUUCUGUCACAAACGAGGACGAAAUGAGACAGUUGAUAUUGGCGCGUGGCCUGAUGGGAAUUACAGUAUUUAUGGAGAUGCCACAGGUUGUCCAGCAGGAUUUUCAAGUAACAACAUGACGGUUAACUUAGGACAGAUCGAAUAUUGGACAAGUGGAGGGCAAGUGCCAGACUUUGGUAUAGAAAAUGCAAAUAACUCAGCAACUCUGUGGAUGACAUUGUGCACUCGAGACAGCAUAGCAACUGAUGCAACAAAUGCGAAUUCAGCUACUGACCUGCCAAGAACUCCUUUCAUGCUUUUGAAGGAUGGUGAGUUAGACUGCCCUAGAUUUGAAGAGUCUACACUGAGUGGAGAAAGCCUGUUCUUGGAUGUUGUUGGACAAAAAGAUACAGAGCUCAUCCAUGUCCAGUCUUAUUGUUUCUACAUGCCGAAAGAAUGGAAUUCAGACAAUUAUGCCGAUGAUCUAUCGAAAAAGCUCGAGAAAAGUGCAUAUCUUGUUUCGACGUCCUAUUUACUAGAAGGAAAUAGAAGUGUUGCUAAACAACCUACCGGCCAUUUUGAAAGUAUACUAAACACAAUAGAAGCGCAGGUACAAACCAUAAGGUAUAUCCCUUGGAAGCUGGUCGACCUGGGUAGGACAAUGCCGGUGGCUGCAGUUUGGAUUAAUCUACCUAACGGCGCACAAUAUUCUUCCGAUACAGAUCGGGUACCUACAUGUUUUAUCAGCAAGGCAAAGUGGUGUUUUCUACACAUGUGUGCAUAUAAAUGUAUUGUCAAAGCAGUUUAUAAAACGAAACCAACCGCCUUGCAGUUACUUUUCUACAGGUCAAUGAGAGGAAGAUAUAUUGCGCUGGCUGCGGGUGACGAGACAAACAAUAUAUUACAUUUAAUGACAAGCAUUGAUGUAUUCACAGACAGACUUAAAUUUGAUGGUAAAAAUGAUUGUAACAUAGAUCUUGGUAUGACUGACGGUGGUAUUCAUGAUUUUCAAAUAUCUGCCUCAUCGUUUCAAAUCAGUUUUCCUCCAUCUCAUUCACGAUCAUACUAUGACGGUUGGUGUGCCCAGUCUUUCGAUGUGCAGCCAUAUAUUCAGGUUGAUUUACUUGCUGAAACCACAGUGGAAGGUUUGACUGUAUGGAAUUGGCAGAAAACAGUUACAACAAUGAACGACGUCAUCUGGGAAACUAUCGUACAUUUUGGCGUAGAUGUCCUAAAAGUAUUUUACGGAGAGUCAAUAAACAGUCUCCGGGAAAUUGAUCAGGAGUUCCGCUUCGACAUGACAAGACCGUUUGAUGAGGCACAGACAUUUUGGUUUCUACAAUCUAUAACCGCACGCUUUGUUAGGCUAAAAAUAGUGAAGCCUAUUACUGAAGAUCUGAACUGUUUGAGAUUUGAACUACAUGGAUGUAGAAUUUCAGGGAUUCCGUCAUUGGAAUGUGCCAAAAUGUCAGAGAUGUUUCAUCUAUCAAAUGUCCCAAUUUCAUCAAAGGAGGAAUUUGGAUUUCACAAUGCAAAAACAUUUGAUGAGUGUGAGAAAUUCUGCCUACAUUCCGACAUUUGUAGCUCUGUCUCUUUUACAUAUAGUAACUCCUGUAGCAUCUAUAGACACAGCAUAGACAAACAAUAUCAGUUUUAUCAAAUAAACAAUGAUCUGGAGGUCUGGUCUACAAAACUUUGUUAUCAAGACCAUUUCUUGACGGGGCCUAGAUUGAUUGAUAUUCAAGAAGGUGAAUUAGCUAAUGCAAAUAUCAAAGAAAUAAGUGCCGACGGUAUCAUUUCAAGCCCUGAGUACCCAUUUAGUUAUCAAGGUGGCCAAAACUAUAAGUGGAUUAUAUCAUUUGAACAGGAUUACUACGUAAAACUUAUCUUUACGAAUAUUUCACUCCAUAUAUAUGAGGAGUCUACGGACAUUGCAAACAGCUGCUACGAUUCGAUUCUAAUUUCAAAUGAUAUGCGAAACAGCUUCGAUACUGCAAGAGUGCUGGACAGUAGAUUCAAUGGUGCUUUAUCUGUCAUUGAAACUAGCGAAUCUAUGCUUGUGGUCACCUUAAAAACAUGUCUGCCUUUUUCUAGGAGGACAUCUGAUGGUCAUGGCUUCAGAGCAAUAGCCUCGAAAAACUCUAUGCCAGCCUGUUUUACCCUUGAUUCUACAAUAAGUUGGGAGACAGGAAGAGAGGAAAUAUGCAGUCAGCUUAGCAUGUCAUUGACGUCCAUGUCUUUGCUAGGGCUACCCUUUUCUGAAACUACUGAAAGAUGGAAAAUAAACACUCCAGGGCAAAGAAUAAUUCUAUAUAUUUUAGAGUUUCAAGUUGCAUGUAAAACAGGUGACACUGGGUCAGAGUUUUUCAUCAGAGAUUUAGGUGUUGAGAAUAGCUAUUGCAAUUUGAACAAGCCCCCAAGGGAAAUAUAUUCUUCCUCCGACACCUUAACAAUAACCUUCUUCAAAGACUUGGAUCCACCGUUUGUAACAUUCAAGGAAGGUUUCAGACUGAAAUAUGACAGCCAACUAGUGUCAAUGGACUAUCUGAUUUCCUAUCAAGCCCAUCGGUCAAACGUCACAAAUGUCGCCCUUGGGAAGCCAGCUAUAAUGCCAAGUCGGUAUAUAUAUAAGUCCCGGGAAUUUCUAGCCGCUGGGAAAGCUACUGAUGGUACGGUUCAUCUGGAUGCCGCUUUUGGAGCGUGCUUUCAUACAAAGGAUGAGAUUGAACCAUGGUGGAUGGUAGAUUUACAAGGCAUCUACAUUAUAGACCGCGUAGUAAUAUAUAACAAACAGGAAAAUGCUGCAGGUGUCCUCGCACGAAAUAUUGAGAUAUCUGUAGGAAUUGAUGUGGCAGAAUUGCAAGUUACUAGUUUUCUAUGCGGAAGUAUGGCAUUUAGGAAGACAUUUGACCAACACAACAUCAGGGGAAGAUAUGUGAAGCUUCAGGUUAAACAUCUCAAACAGAAGUUUCAUCUGUGCGAGGUAGAAGUGUAUGGUGUUCUAGAAUCAGAAAUUGAUGAAAAACUAAAGAAGGAGUUCCGAAUACCUGACCCAGUUCAAGGAAACUGGGGAAAUUGGGGCUCAUGGAGUAAUCUUUGUUAUUGCAACGGCAAACAGCCAAGAAUAAGACUGUGUGACAAUCCGUCACCAUCGUUUGGUGGUAGAGAUUGUGUAGGAUCAAACGUCUCCUUUCGAACAUGCAAUUUUACAGCGGAUUGUAACAUAACCAAUGUUGCUUUAGGGAAGCCUUCAAGUAUAUCAAGUUCUAAAUACCCUUGGUCAAAUGCUGACCUAGCUACAGAUGGUUAUACUCUCCAGUCUAAGCUGUCGUGCUUUCAAACAAAGUUCGAAUACCAGCCAUGGUGGAUUAUAGAUCUACAAGGAGUAUUUGAACUAGAGAAAAUGACGGUAUACAGAAGGGCUGACUGCUGUCAACGAAGAACAAGAAAUGUAGAAAUAUCUGUAGGAGUGACCUGUGACAUGAAAGUUGUAUAUUCACUUUGCGGCAAACGAUGGGGUCCAAUGGAGUCGGUCACGUUGAUUGGUUCUACAGCUAGAUAUGUUAAAAUACAACUAGUUGGAAUAAAUGAGUAUCUUAAUCUUUGUGAGAUUGAAAUAUACGGCCAACCAGCGAAUGUGGUCACCGUUGAUUCUUCAGAUAUGAAAUGUGGCCAGAUUGAAGUAGAUGGUCAAUACAGCACCUGGUCACAAUGGAGCGAUUGUUCUGAAAAGUGUGGGAUAGGAAAGAUGACACGAACUAGACUUUGUGAUAAUCCCGCGCCAAACAAUGGUGGUAGAAAUUGCUUUGGGGAUGACACUGAGACAAAAAAUUGUAUUGGAAAAGCUAAUUGUCCGACAUGUUCUGAAACUUUCGGAAAGUGUUAUAGUUUGUUUCCCAAACUGACGAACUGGAAACAAGCAGGUUUUGAGUGUUGGACACGGAAAAUGAAACUUGUCUCUGUCAGGUCUAAAGAAGAGCUUCGCUUUAUAAAGUAUCUGUUGAGGAUACACAGAUACGAAGACAAACAACCCAUGGCAACAUUUGAUAGUGUUUACAGAAAUGCCAGUUACUAUGCACAUUUAGGGCUUUACAGAUAUUCCAUGAAAGAUGGUGUAAUGUUUGAUAUGUGGGAAGAUAAAACUCCAGUGACGUUUACUGCUUGGAAACCAGGUGAACCCUCUAAAGGGAAUUGUGUACGCAUGAACUAUAAGUCUUUUGAAGAUAUAAACACAUGGGAAUCAGAGGACUGUCAGUCUGUUGUCGCUGAAUACUUUAUAUGUGAACAACAGAUUCGAAAACAUUCAAUACUUUCACUAGAUGAAGAGUUGCCAGAACUACAUGAUAAAAACUGGGCGAAGAUUCCCGAACAAAUUACAUCUACCCAGUAUACAGGAAAUGCAAACAUGACUAAAUCUAGACACGAAUGCAUCCCAUGGGAAAAGCACGCCAACGAUCCAUAUUCUAUAAUUUGGUGGCAGCCGUACAUAGAUUGGUGGAUGUUGGCAGAAACUGAAGUAGAAGCUAAAAAUUACUGCCGGGAUCCAGCUGCCGAGAAUUUUGUCUGGUGUAACUAUCAGACAUCUGGUAACACAACAAAAAGAGAGGAAUGUAGUGUUGAAUACCCGGUUGUUGAGAAUACGCACAAUUUUAAUUGGCGGUACACGGGGAAAUGGAAUAAAACGUACACAGGAAAGACAUGCCAGCAUUGGAAUGUGACCUUUCCUCAGGGCCAUCAUACUACAGGUUAUAACUUCCCAGGAGAAACAAUUAACAGUGUGAGAAACUAUUGCCGCGAUCCCUGGGAUAGUGGCUAUCUUUGGUGUUACACUAUAGAACAAGAUGUACGCUGGGAACUUUGUAUUGUUGAAGAUAAUCCAGGAGAUCGAUGUUUACAUACACAUAACAUUUAUUCGGGACAUUGGAACAAGUCUUACUCCGGUAAAGAAUGCCGACGAUGGGAUGAGAAUGAAGGACAUUUAGCGAGAGGCUCCGUUGACCUUAUGUUUCCAGACAAAACCAUUACUGCAGCAGAAAACUUUUGUCGUGAUCCUCUUGGAAACGGUUAUCUGUGGUGUUACGUACAUGAAAGUGGCGUUACUUGGGAACCUUGCAUAUUUGAUGAUAUUGAACAACUUCCAGUUUUGACAACAUCUGCAGAAGGAGAGGCAUUCGUGUGUAGAAGCGGCGGACAGAUAUUGCAGCAAAAUGUAUGUGACGAAAAGUUUGACUGCGGAGAUCUAUCAGAUGAAACAGAUUGUUUAGACACUUAUGAAGAACAACCGCUAACAACCGAUGCAGCAAGUUUCAUGAACAAUCUGAACACACCGGAGGCCUUUGUGGUGAAUUCACAUUUUCAGUGCGGUACAAAUGAAUGGAUAUCUGUCACUGCUCGAUGCGAUGGGAUGAAGGACUGUCUUGAUGCUACGGAUGAAUCGAAUUGUUCGCUGCCAGAAAAGGAGAUUUCUGAGUGUUCAAGUGAUCAAUUCCGUUGCGACGAGGGAGAUUGCAUUCAUAUAAGCCAAGUGUGCAACUUUGUCGAUGACUGUAUAGGAGGAUCGGAUGAAUAUUGUGAUAUCGAUGAGUGUAAAAAGACAGAGUAUAAAUGUAAUAAUGGACAGUGUAUUCCCCUCAGUGAUCGUUGUAAUGGCUUUCCUGAGUGUAUUGAUGGUAGCGAUGAGGACUUCUGUGACAAUUGUCAAACGGGAAUGGCUUUCCACUGCGACGUCGUGAAAUGUAUACCAUCAAGACUUGUAUGUGACAAACACCGGGAUUGUAAGGAUGGAAGUGACGAAAUGUCAUGCAGUCAACAGGAUUUCAUCUCCUGUGAACAGUGGUGGGAAGCUGGCUAUAGGAAGUCAGGGCCGUAUAUCAUUGGGGGAUUAAUUGCGGACUGCGAUUUUGACUCAGUUAUAAGUAGGAAGAAAAUGUACACGAUUAUAAGGAAUUUUGACAUUCUGUGGCGGGAUGGAGAUGGUGUAGGAUAUUUAUAUACAAGAGACACACUUCGAGAAGAGGACAUAAGACUCGACGAAAUUUUGAAACGACCUAACUACGACUGUGUGCAGGAGGUUACACAAAGUUGCAUUCAUUCGCACAAAAUUGCAGCUGAGUUCGACGAUUCUCAACAUGACAGCACUUUCAAACAUUGUGAAUGUUUUGAAAUGACCAUUCGUAUUGGAAAGGACAGCAAACUUGGUUACUGUUACAGCAAAACUACUAGCACAGUCAGCAAUAAUGAUCUUAUAUUUUCAUACAACGCGUCACUAAGUCUUUACAGAAAAAUUGUCCUGAAAAGUAACAAAGACUUUGUUGCACAAGGCUACCAGGUUGUGCCAGGAUCAGCGGUAUGCGAAUAUGAUUAUAACAAGCAAGAAAAUGUAACCACAUGUGAAGGAGAUGUGAAGAAGAUCUCAAGUUCAAUAAAUUGUUUGUACGAUGUUGAUGCGGCCGGCUAUAUUAUAGGGUGUAGGUCUGGUAGUCAUCUACAAAACUGCGAGAACCAUGUUUGCCAAGAGGGAACUGUAAAAUGUCCAGGAAGUUAUUGUAUACCGUUAAGAUUUGUUUGUGACGGAGAAGUUCAGUGUCCAGGAGGGCAAGACGAAGAUGGCUGUGGAUGUGAAGAGAAUGAAAAUGAAGUGUUGUUACUAUACGAUUCUGAGAGCACAUAUAUGCAAAAGUUGGAUGUUUACAACUUUGCGAAACAAUUUUCGACUGCGACUAAUACCAUCAGGACAUUGAGUUUUGUUGUGGUGCGGCCGUUACAGGAUUUCAAUCUUGGUGAUAUUGUUUUGCAAAUAACUGACACUGUAAUGCAGCCAAUGGUGGCCUUAAAUCGUAUUCAAGAAUGUCAGUAUAAUGUAAUGGCCAAGAACUUUAUAAGAUAUAUCAAACUAUCAGCGGAAAAGACAAGGGGAUUGAUUUACAUUCAAGACGAUAAUGACGUUUCAAAAACGCUUUUUAACACGCUGUUUGGUAAAGUAAAUUUGGCUGAUUUAAAUCUAACAAUCUACCGUAUAAUGGAAAGGCGAGCAAACGACUUUACAGAAGAAUCUAUGUCACAAGUGUCAGAUGUGUUUGUAAAAAGAUGGAGUAUCCUAAACGCAAUGGGAGCAGAAUUCUUUCCAGAAUUUUGCAGAGCAAGAACAAAAGUCAAAUGCCAUAACAGAUAUAAAUGCAAAUGGAGUAAGAUGUGUAUACCACUGAAUCAAGUUUGUGACGGACAGACACAGUGCAAACACGGAGAUGAUGAACAACUGUGUAACUUCAUAUGCCCAGUGAACUGCUCGUGUAUAGGUUAUAUAGCGAAUUGUAGUGACAGCGGGUUUAACGUAAUGCGACUGAGUACGAUUUCAGUAACAACUCGACAACUUGAUCUGAGCUUUAACAAUGACCUGCAUAAUGUAUUAAAGGGUUCAUAUUUAGACAUCAUGGUGCUUGUGACAUUGAAUCUUUCUUCUUGCAGUAUCAAUGAAGUUUCACGGUUUGCUUUUAGAAAAAUAAAAAAUCUCGUCACUCUUGAUUUAAGUUACAAUUCCAUAACGGUCAUACAAAAACAAACAUUUUCAUAUUUGAAAUACUUGAGAGUUCUUAGGCUGGAAGGUAACUGGGACCUAUCGACGAUACAACCUGGGGCGUUUGAGGCGUUAUCAAACAUUCAUGAUUUGAACUUUGCGGGAGCUCGACUGACAAAGAUAACGGCAGAUACAUUUUCUGGUCUAGUUUUGCAAAGUAUUGAUUUGUCUAACAACAGCAUUGAGGAAAUAGAAGAUUUUGCUUUCCGAAAUCUAGCUGUAGAAAGAAUAAGCUUUGAACAAAAUAGAAUUUCAUUAUUUCGAAAAGAAAUAUUCACCGGCGUUAAUGCGUUACAAACACUAAGAACACCUGCGUUUAAAUUUUGUUGUAUCAGGCCAACUUACUUGCCAGAGGAAGGAUGUUAUCCCCCGAAAGAUGAGUUCUCAUCCUGUGAAGAUUUAAUGAGGUUAUCAGCACUUCAGACUAUGCUUUGGUUAAUAGGACUGUCUGCGUUGCUUGGUAACGCUUUGACAAUAUUGUAUAGACUGAUGUACGACCGUGCAAGGUUACGACUUGGCUUUGGAAUAUUUGUUACCAACUUAGCUGUUGCUGAUUUUCUGAUGGGUGUGUAUCUUCUUAUAAUUGCUGUUGCGGAUGCUGUGUUCAGGAAACGAUACAUAUUCAUGGAUGACUACUGGAGAAAUAGUGCGUGGUGCAAUCUCGCAGGAGUUCUGUCAACAGUAUCAUCCGAGGCCAGUGUAUUCUUUCUUUGUCUCAUUACAAUGGACAGGCUUUUUGUCAUAAAAUUUCCAUUCGGACAAGUAAGAUUUAACAAACGGAAGUCUGUCAUUUGCGCCGGAGUCGUCUGGUUUGUUUCAAUAUUUUUGGCUGUUUUACCAGUUGCGUACGAGAGUUACUUUCAGAACAAAUUCUACACCAAAUCGGGUGUUUGUAUCGCUUUACCACUGACACGGGACCGGCCACCAGGAUGGGUAUACUCUGUAGCUAUAUUUGUCGGACUGAACUUUGCUACGUUUGUCUUGGUAGCCUUUGGUCAAUGGUCUAUAUUCAUGGAAAUACGAAACGUUAGUGGUGGAAUGGAAAAAACAACUGCAGGAAGAAAGAAUGACCUGAAGGUUGCUCGCAAUCUUCUGCUUGUAGUACUGACUGACUUUUUGUGCUGGUUCCCAAUCGGUGUGAUGGGUAUGAUGGCAUUAAAUGGUCACGUAAUUUCUGGAGAUGUCUACGCUUGGUCUGCCGUGUUCAUCUUGCCAAUCAAUUCUGCACUGAAUCCGAUACUUUACACAGUCAGCUCAAUCAUUGGCAGAAAGACAUUUAAUCCAAGUACUGACGAACAAUCUAGAACUGAGAUGACAAAAGAACUUGGUACACAAAUCCUAAAUUUCCAGCGUGUAAGCAGGCAUUUCAGUGUUCGAAGAUCCCAAACGUCGUAUGAGAGUAUAAGUUCCAUACUUAAAAUGGAUUGUAGACUGACACCGACCAGCGUGAUAAAAGCAGUCAGGCAACUAGCCAAGUGUCUCGAUGUUCUUCAUAACAGUUCCUUGGUGGUUGGGGAUCUAAACACAGACACCGUCUGUCUCAGUGUUAACAAGGGAAAGGUUAGCGGUGACGUCCGUAUAGAAAUAGAACCUCGAAUGGCAACUUCAGCGGAGGAUACACAAGGUGAUAUGUUUCAUGUUGGCAAAAUUGUACGUGUUCUUCUGACAAAAUGCAAACAGUCUGGAGACUGACUUGAUAUACCGUGAUUAGAAAUGUAUGGGCGUCCCAGAAGUUAUGACGAUUUAUUCAUUCUCGUAAACUACAUUCAGAGGACAAUAAUCUAAACGUCCAGAAAUGUAUGUACAACCGCGAUUAUUGAACCAAAGAGUGACAUUUAGUUGAUAGUGGUCAUGUUUAUUACAUACGUUAAACUUUGAAGCAAAAGGUCGUAUCUGCAUUUUACGACUUGAUAAGAUCCCUUUAAAAAAAUAAAGAGAACAUUAGGUUACUGUCUUAUAAAUUUAAAUUAAUUAAGUGAGUCGAAGAAAAUAAAGUCGAGUUUCUGGCCGAGAUAAAAAAUAGUAAGUAUUCCGCCAAGCUUUAUCAAGUCACUGAACUGAUAAAGCGAAACCCCGAUUUUUGCCUUUAAUUUGCAUGAAGGUAGGAUUAAUACAAUGUCAGUAUUCAAAUUGUUUAGCUGUUACUUUGCAGUAUAGCUAUGGACAGGUAAUCAAAAUAAACGUGUUUAGUUUUCUCAAGCGACCGUUUUUCACUAACGGUAUUUAUUCUGGGACGUUGACAUAUAUGAGCACACUAUAAGUAUCUAUUUGUUGUCAGCUGUAUCUUAAUUGCUUUGGAAUUACAAGGCAUUGUUGUUGUU